AUGGUUCACGGCGCACCGGUCGGUAAAGUAAACUACGGCGCUAGAAGUACCAAGCGUCGUCGUCUAGAGGAAGACACCAGUAACACCUACUCGGACGAAGACGAAUCGGAAUCGUCUAGCUCCAGUGAUAUCAAUAGAACCAAUAAGACCAGUAAGACCAGUGAGAUAGGUUCCCGCGUCUCUUCCGACGACGUCUCGUCUAACGCCUCUACCACCACCAAAAUCACCUCCGCCGAGAAGAAGCUAAAAAGAGAGAAGAAACGUAUUAAGAGCAUUAAGUCGGAGGUGAAGGCCUUAAAGCGGGAGAAGGCAAAGGAAAAGAAGAAGAAGAACAAGAAGAACAAGAAGACCAAGAAGACCAAGGGCUUAGAGAACGCCGAGCGAGACGAUAGCAGCACCAACGAAGAUAUAGAUAAAAGCGACGAGGAAGAUAAUGAGAGCGAUAAGGAAGAUAAUAAGAGCGACGAGGAAGAUGAUAAGGGCAGCAGUGAUAACAAUGAGCAAUCUAGAGCAGAAGAGAGUGAUAACAGUACCGAUGAAGUGAAGCCGAAGAAGAAGGCGAAGGUUACCUUUCGCUUAUCAAAGGCCACACCCAUCGAGCAGCCGAGUAAGAAGUCACUUAGUCGAACACUAUAA